AUGGCGCCAUCCGAGAUGUCCUCGCUCCCUCACCGUCCUCCCGUCUUUGCGCCUUCUUUCGUCACCGCCAGGUCACGAUCGCGAAGCAGCUCGACUUCGACCGUCGACAGCGCCGAAGACAAGACCGUCAAGCUCGACAAGGGCAAGGGAAAGCUCGUCGACGGCGCCGUCUCCUCGAGCGACUGGGCCGACCAUGCUGCUGCUCCGACGCUCACGUACCACCAAGAUCCGAGUGUCGCGACGCUCGCGACCGGCGCUUCAGAGAUUUACGACUACUACGCCUCGACGGACCCUGUCAGGAAGCGCUUCAAGGCGCCCUUCAAGUCGCAGCUCUUUGAUCGCGAAGUAGGAAACCCGAAACCCUGGAUGAAGGGUCGCACGACGAUCACCCGCGACAAGAAGUCGUACUUCACGACGCUCUUCGGCAUCCUCCUCGGUCUCGGGGGCGGCAUCGCGCUCAUCCUGUACAGCGUGCUCAACCUCGAACACGACCAGUACGAGCUGCUCUUCAGCGAGGACUUUGACGGCGACAGCCUCAACUCGAGCAGGUGGAAGGUCGAGCAGCGCAUCGGAGGCGGCGAGUCGAACGACUUCACCUGGUUCACCGAUCACAACAGCUAUGUCGCCGACGGCAACCUCUUCAUCGUCCCGACACUCACGAACGAAACGAUGCUCUCGACGGACUACGCUCUGAUGAACGCGACCUACAUGCAACUCGGCAGCGCCUGCGACUCGCUUCACCAGUCCGACUGCUUCAUCGCUGCCGACACCGAACACAACCAGACGCUCGUCGUACCGCCUGUGCAGAGCGCGAUGAUCUCGACGAGGGGAAAGGUGACGAUGCAAUACGGACGAGUCGUCGUGCAUGCUAGGAUGCCGACUGGCGACUGGCUGUGGCCGCAGAUCUCGCUCGUGCCCGAAGACGAAGUCUACGGCGGCUACCCUGCGUCCGGCCUCAUCUCGAUCUUUGAGUCUCGCGGCAACAAAGCGCAACACCGUCUCGACCAGCUCAACAACGAGAUGAUCUGCGGCUUGCACUGGGGUCCUGCGAACGCGCCGGCUUACGAUGCGUUCUGGAGGACUCAGGGACUUUACAAAGUCUAUCGGAACUUCUUCAACCAGCGCUACUACACCUUUGGACUCGACUGGACGCCUCAGUCAAUCACGAUGUGGGUCAACAGUCGCGUUCGUAUCGCCUUCCGCUACGGCUUCGGAAAAAAGAACUUCUGGGAGCUCGGCUCGUUCGGGUACAGCUACGGCAAUGGCACGAUUAUCGCCAACCCCUGGGCGACCGCAGCCAACCAGCACGUCGCACCCUUUGACCAAGCCUUCUACCUGCGCCUCGCCGUCCUCGCCGGCGGGACCGACGGAUACUGGCAAGACGACCUCCCUAACAAGCCGUGGCGCAACUCGGACGCCCGACCGCAGGCAAUGACCCGCUUCGCGAACUGGGCGAACGUGUGGAUGCCUAGCUGGCCCAGUGGUGACAAGAUCCGCGACCGAGGACUCGCUAUUGACAAGAUUGAGGUGUUCCAGCGGGUCAACUAG